CAGCUCCUUCCGCUUCUUGUCUUUGCUCUUGCUUCUCUCUAAGCCACCAUGAGUUUUCAGUGUAGUUCCAGGUCCCUGUGCCGGAGCGGUGGUGGCGGCGGCGGCAGGAACUUUAGCUCAGGUUCUGCAGGCCUAGUCAGCUUCCAACGCAGAUCCACCAGCAGCUCCAUGCGCCGCAGCGGCGGAGGAGGAGGUGGUAGAUUUUCGGGAGGAGGCUUCUGUGGGAGCUCUGGUGGUGGCUUUGGAAGUAAAAGUCUGGUCAACCUCGGAGGUGGCAGGAGCAUCUCCAUAAGUGUGGCUGGAGGUGGUAGCAGCUACGGUGGUGGCUUUGGGGGCGGCAGCUACGGUGGCGGUAGCUUUGGGGGUGGCAGUUUUGGUGGAGGUGUCGGCGGUGGUUUUGGUGGUGGUGGUUUUGGUGGUGGCGGCUUUGGUAGUGGAGGUGGUUUUGGUGGUGGUAGAUUUGGGGGUGGUUUCGGGCCUGUCUGUCCCCCUGGUGGCAUCCAGGAAGUGACCAUCAACCAGAGCCUUCUGCAACCCCUCAAUGUCGAGGUGGACCCUCAGAUCCAAAAAGUGAAGUCUCAGGAGAGAGAACAGAUCAAGUCGCUCAAUGACAAAUUUGCCUCCUUCAUCGACAAGGUGCGCUUCCUAGAGCAACAAAACCAGGUGCUACAGACCAAAUGGGAGCUGCUGCAGCAGGUAGACACCUCAACCCGGACCCAAAACUUAGAUCCUUUCUUCGAGUCAUACAUCAGCAACCUCAGGAGGCAAGUGGACUCACUGAAGAACGACCAAUCACGGAUGGAUUCCGAACUGAAGAACAUGCAAGACCUGGUGGAAGAGUACAGGACCAAGUACGAGGAUGAAAUCAACAAGAGAACCAACGCAGAGAAUGAAUUCGUGACCAUCAAGAAGGAUGUGGAUUCGGCUUAUAUGAACAAAGCAGAGCUUCAGGCCAGGGUGGAUAACCUCCAACAAGAUAUCGACUUCUUCUCCACACUCUACCAAAUGGAAUUGUCUCAGAUGCAAACUCAAAUCAGCGAAACCAACGUUGUCCUGUCCAUGGACAACAACCGCACUUUGGACCUGGACGGCAUCAUUGCAGAAGUCAAGGCCCAGUAUGAUAGCAUUUGCCAGAGGAGCAAGGCCGAAGCCGAGACCUUUUACCAGAGCAAGUAUGAAGAGCUGCAGAUCACUGCUGGUAAACACGGAGACAGCGUGAAAAAUACCAAGAUGGAGAUUUCCGAGCUGAACAGAGUGAUCCAGAGACUUCGAUCUGAAAUCGAUAGCGUCAAGAAGCAGAUCUCCCAAAUGCAGCAGAAUAUCAGUGAUGCAGAGCAGCGUGGUGAGAAAGCACUCAAAGAUGCUCAGAACAAGCUGAAUGAGAUAGAGGACGCUUUGACACAAGCCAAGGAGGAGCUCACCAGGUUGCUGCGUGACUACCAGGAGCUGAUGAACACCAAGCUGGCCCUGGACAUGGAGAUCGCCACCUACAGGAAACUUCUGGAAGGAGAGGAGAUCAGGAUGUCUGGAGAAUGCACCCCCAACGUGAGCGUGUCUGUGAGCACCAGCCACACUAGCAUGAGCGGAAGCAGCAGCCGAGGUGGCGGCAGAUACGGCUCCGGAGGCGGCGGCGGUGGCGGCAGCUACGGCGGCGGCUCCAGAGGCGGCAGCUACGGAGGUGGUUCCGGAGGCGGCAGCUACGGAGGUGGCAGCUCUGGAGGCGGCUCCGGAGGCGGCAGCUACGGCGGCGGCAGCAGUGGGGGCCACAGAGGUGGCUCUGGAGGGGGCGGUGGCAGCUCCGGAGGCAGCUAUGGUGGUUCCUCUGGGGGAGGCCGGGGAGGAUCCAGCUCCGGUGGCGGCGUUAAGUCCUCUGGCAGUUCUAGUGUGAAGUUUGUUUCCACCACUUACUCCCGAGGGACCAACUAAAGAGGUGCCCACCACACCAUUAGCUCUCCCUUUCCAUCAAGGCUAAACGUGGCGGGCAAAACCAAAACCAAUUGCACCAGCCUUAUUAGAGAAAAGAGCUAUGGUUAAAUGCUCAGAUUAGGCUUAUUUCCCCCGCGCUUUCUUUUCUGCUCAGCUUGCAAAGAAGUUUUCAUAUUAGUAGCAGUCUGAGUCCCCUGGUAACAACCCCACUCUUAUGUUUUGCUGAGAAACAGCUUAGAGCUGCCAUCACCAACAUGACAUUUCAAAGAGGACUUCAGAUCCAGAACUUUGCCUGGCACGCCCAGAGCACUGGACUGCCCCUUAGCAUCCUGUAUCCUGCAGCACACAGAGCUGCUUUUGGUUUUGUACAUAAGGUGUUUGCGAGUGUCUUUUACGGAGCGCUCUGAACAACCCCUCCCCUGCCCACCCUGCCCCAUUUCUUUGUUUUGCUGCAAUAAACUGCAUUUGAAACUCUCAA